AUGGUAGAUCUCUACCAAAUCGAGCAAGUCGAAAAUGAACACCCAAAGUCACACCUACAACGUUUCAUCAACCUCAUACAUCAGAUCCACGAUGUUGAGCCAGUCACCGUGGCUAAUCUCUUCAUCAAAAGCCUGGAGGUGGGAUCUCUCUUACAUGAAAACCUCACCAUGACACCACCGUAUGACAUGGCCGAAAUCCAAAUUCGCGCCGAGGGCAUCUUUAGGGUCCUGGAAUUUCGAGAGUGUGCACAAAAGAAGUCCGCACUUAUCUCCACUCCACCAGCAAAUAACCCUCCUCCCCCACCUGCAAGGGACGACAAGAGGAAAAGACAGGAAACAGAUCACAUGAAAGGAGGAAAAAGGCCAAAACCAAAUCGAGAUCCACCACGAUACCCCUCUUUCGAAUACACCGUCCCUCAGGAGGUCAUCUACGAAGAAAACAAAGACAGGCCCAUCUGGCGUGAACCGUACAAAGUUACCACUCCCCCUAAAAGAAGAGAUAAAAACAGGUUAUGCCUCUUCCACAAGGAUCAUGACCAUACAUUCUCUGAGUGCCACAACCUCCACAAUCAGAUCCAGGCCCUCAUGAGAAGUGGACGAUUAACACAGUACAUUAAAGAAACAAGCAGAUCCCGCGUCUCAUAG